AGCGGGGGGGAGAGAAGCGAUCGCGAGAAAAAAAAAUGCAACCUCCCAAAAUAAAGAGCAAAGAUUGCAUUAGGAGCGAACAGCGCUGCAGAAAUAGAUGGCAGCUUCGUAUCAGUGAGUUUGCAUCCCCCUUCCUGAUCCACGAGCUGGAGUGAUUAGAGCCCUGGAAGGGAAUUGUUACUCCCGUGGAGAAGUCCCCUUUUCCUGGCAGCCGUCUGCACUGUACACGCUGGAUGCUUCUCUCCAUCCACCCCACUCAGUCUCUCCUCUCUCACCUCCUCUCUCCCUCUCUCCUGCAUUGAUUUUUUUUUUUUUUUCCUUUUUAGUUGACUGAAACAAAACAAAACAAAAGGGCCACUGGAUGUCUGCCUUCUUGGGGGGUGAGCCAGACAGACUGACAAACAAACAGACCCAACUGUGUUCGGGGGAGGGUUUCUCCUCCCGUUUUGCCCGGCAGCAGCAACAUGGACGUGUUGGCUAGUUAUAGUAUAUUCCAGGAGCUACAACUUGUCCACGACACCGGCUACUUCUCAGCUUUGCCAUCCCUGGAGGAGACCUGGCAGCAGACAUGCCUUGAAUUGGAACGCUACCUGCAGACAGAGCCCAGGAGGAUCUCAGAGACCUUCGGUGAGGACUUGGACUGUUUCCUCCGCGCUUCUCCUCCCCCAUGCAUCGAGGAGAGCUUCCGGCGCUUAGACCCCCUGCUGCUCCCGGUGGAAGCGACCAUCUGCGAGAAGAGCUCGGCCGUGGACAUUCUGCUCUCUCGGGACAAGUUGCUAUCUGAGACCUGCCUCAGCCUCCAGCCAACCAGCUCUUCUCUAGACAGCUACACAGCCGUCAACCAGGCCCAGCUCAACGCAGUGACCUCAUUAACGCCCCCAUCGUCCCCUGAGCUCAGCCGCCAUCUGGUGAAAACCUCACAGACUCUCUCAGCCGUGGAUGGCACAGUGACGUUGAAACUGGUGGCCAAGAAGGCUGCGCUCGGCUCCGUCAAGGUGGGAGGGGUGGCAACGGCGGCGGCAGCCGUGGCGGCAGCUGGGACAGUUAAGAGUGGACAGAGCGAGAGUGAUCAAGGAGGGGUAGGGGCCGAGGCGUGCCCCGAAAACAAGAAGAGGGUUCAUCGCUGUCAGUUUAACGGGUGCCGGAAGGUUUAUACAAAAAGCUCCCACUUAAAGGCCCACCAGAGGACUCACACAGGUGAGAAGCCUUAUAAGUGCUCGUGGGAAGGGUGUGAGUGGCGUUUUGCACGAAGCGAUGAACUUACGAGGCACUACAGGAAACACACAGGUGCAAAGCCCUUUAAAUGCAACCACUGCGACAGGUGUUUUUCCAGGUCUGACCAUCUUGCCCUCCAUAUGAAGAGACAUAUCUAAAAAACCUGAAGGCCAGAGUUGCCAUGGCGUCGGCCGGCCGUUGUCUGAAGGAAAUGCCAUGAGGCGGGGGCUGGACUUCAGGCGGGGAUCCAUUGCCUCGCAGAAGAAAGUUCUCACUUAUUAAACCUCUGUGUACACACACCACACACACACACACACACAGACACACACACACGCACUCACACAUAGACACACACACACACAGUCAUGCACUCAGCUAUAUUUAAAAUAUAUACGUCUAUCUUUAUGCCUUGCCCUAGCCAGAUGGUAGAAGAAGAAGAAGAAGAAGAAGAAGAAGAAAGAAACCAGGUGAACUCAGCAAGGCAGUCUGGCUGCUUACUUCAGCACUAUUGGAAUUAUUUCCCGCUGUUGCCAAUGGAAAUCAAAAAAAAUGGAUGUGACGUCUCUACAGGUGGACGGCAGUAAGAGGGGCUUAUUUAACUUGCUUCUCAGUGCAACUUGAUAGGAGAAUACAACGUCUUAAAGUUGCAUAUGUGUAGCACUAAUGUUUCUUUUUCAAUAGUUGGGGGAAAAUGACCUAGCAAACCAAAUUGCAGUUUGGUAGCCAAAAUUAACUCUCGGUUUAUUUGUCCUUUGUGUGUGAAAAGUCCUACUAUUCCGUGCGUCCGACUUCCUCACAGAACUGUUGAUCAGUUUUGGUUCUUAGUACUAUUGAGAUCUUUCCAGUCGAUACCAACGGCCUUAGCGGCGGCAGACUCCGGAAUAACACCUUACACCUUUCUGGCCUGCAUUUCUCUAGACUUCACUCUCCAGGUCUCCAGGGAAGAGUGUUCUUUUCUUACUUUUUGACUCUUGCACACCAUAUGCACUAGGGAUUCUGGAAACUUCUAGCAUGACUGCAAAGUGGCCAAGAGAAUAAAGUCCUUGAUGAUCAAUCACAGUGUAUCCCUUGAGCCUCACCUUAUUGCCAGUGCUAGAUUUUUUCUUUUUAAUCUCUCUGUUUUUUGCUAACGAAAACUUGAAAAGCUUAUUUGGAAGCUUAAAUGUUUUAUCUUUUCUCCAUGGACUAAACCUCUCCAGGACUCUCUCUCGUCACCUGGAUGUCCAGCUCUCGAAGCAGCCAAUCAGAUGGGACAUCACACUCCUUUCAUCCCCCUUGAGGCAUCCUGACCUCAGCUCAUAGUGAUCAACCCCUGCUGUGUGUCACUGCUACCCUAACAACCAGUUUCAGCAUAGAUGUCGCUAGUCUCAAAGGGCAGCUGCAUAUUGAACGUAACUCUGGGUUAUGACCUGACAAAAAAGCCAAAAAUAUCCCUCUUUCCAGGAAUGGGGAGAACGGAGGAUGCCUCCCAAGUCUAGUGGCUUCAGAAACCAUCACCCUCUCUUCCUGUCUCAUACCCACUGAGUCAUGUCACCCCACUUGUUAAAAUACACAAUUCAAAAUGCUGUUGUGGGAAUAAAGGGUGGACAUUUAAGGAAAGGGUUGAGAUAUUUCUCUCAUGGUCUAUCUAAAAGGAGAGACAUAUUUCUGAUUUUUUAAUUUUUUUGGCUAGGCCCACCAUGACUUGUGCCCUAGAGCACCUGGGAUCAACAGAGGCCUCACUUUUACUCUGCAAGCUGACUCCGAGGGGGUUCCAUGCCUCACUCUCCAUCCCCCACACACAUCCAAUAUCGGUCUCCAUCAUCUACCCGCAUUCUUAGCUAGCUGGCACUGGCCUCAACUCCAAAGACUGCCUUUAGGACCAUUAAAUGGCCUAUGCAAGCAAGCGGGGUGGUUAUUAGGGCAGAUUGUAUAUUUUGUAUAUUCUGGGACCAUCCCUUCAAGACACGUCUAAAAAAACAAAAAUGGCAUUUGGUCCGCCCAUGGUUGCUGCUCCUUCAUACCAGCUGGCUCCUCUCCUGCCCUCCUUUGACUGUUUGACUCAUUGACUGUUAAAAUGCUACCCCAUACCUAUUUGGGAUGCAAAACUGAAGUCUUUGAAAGGAAAUAUAAGAAACACAGAUUCAUUUAUGACAGCAAACUUCAAGAUCCUUGGCAUUUGGUUUCUCAGCUUUCUGCAAACUUUGAUUUCACUGAAAUGUUGAAACUACUCGUCUGAGGGCAGAGGAGCCUCCUUAUCACAAAUGCUGUAGCUGCCAAUUGGACACUUGGGGCAUUCUGAGGUCUGGCCCUUCAAGUUUUCUUUCUCUUUUUUCCUUUUUUUUCAAUUUAGACCAAAAACAAAAAAAAAAAAAAAGAAAGAAAAAACCACCCUAAACACACACACAAAAUCUGCCCAUUUGCCAGAGGCAAUUAUGUAUAUGUUAGUCAGAGGGUAUUUAAAAAAAUCAGUUUUAUUCCAAAGAUUUAAAACUAGACAUGACUUAGAAACAUUUCUGGAGCACUGCUUGCUGACAAUCUCGUAGUUUUCUCGACUGCAUUCGAGUGCGUUUGUAGCCAGUCCAUCAGGGCGGACCAUGGGAUUAUAUUUGAAUGUGUGGCUCAUCCUUUCUGGAUGAAGGAUGUGUGAGGGACCUUGAACCUCAGCUGUAUUAAACUGUAGCGCCUCCAGUCAGUGCACUAGAUGAAACUUUAGACACCCCAGAUUUUGUUGGUUCGUUGAUUUCCCUUUCUAGAGCAGCCUCCAGCAUGACUGCACGCACAGUCCCAGUGAUGGCAUUAGCCGUGGCUGCCACGAUUUACAAAUGUUCUCUCCCCCGCUGGAGCUGCUCUUGCCUCUCGAAAUGCUAUUAUUAAGGGUUUAUAAUACUUAAUUUAAUUUUUGAACUGACCAAUGCAAGGCUCUAUUAAAAAGAAAGUUUAAAAAAAUGCAAAAGAGUAAUCAUUGCUUGUUCGCUCCCCGUUGUCAUCUGUGGUCUUGAAAAGAUCUCAUUUGAAUGUGACAGAACAAAGGCCCUUGGGUCUUCAUCAGUGUCUGAAAUAUUGGGCAAUUCCUCUCUCUUUUAUAUCAGUGAGGUCCUUUGUAAUCUGCUCCUGACCUUUCUCCAAGCAGGGUGCACUGAACCUCGAUGGUGGGGCUUGCUAGCUCCAGGCAUUUGUUGACCGAGAAUUGGCCUGAGAAUUUGGUGGGUGCUAAGCGUAUGGCUUUGAAACUGUUCUUCUGUAGCUUGAUUGACACCUCUGAAUGAUAACCAGUCCUGUCUGUUGUGGGGUGGGGAGAGUGGUAGCCCCAGUUAUUUGGGCAUGUUAUCAAGUAUCCAUCCUCUCUGAAAUGGCAGAGAUGGUUGGAAGGAGCCUGUUGGAGUGAACAGGCUUUCUGAGAAAUAACCUGAAGCUAGUUUGCUUCCAAGAGGACAGGUUAUUCAAAGCAGUGCUUUAGUGGACAGUUGAAACACAUUAAACUAUUUUCUCGUUUAAAUGGUUAACUCCCAGCAUUCCAGGAGAUCUCCAAUUUGAAAGGAAAAACCUGUCAUGGUGUUUCUUGUAGUUGUCCUCCGAAGCACGCUUUAUCCAGGGUUCAGAGUGUAAUGUAUAGAAAAAGAGUGUUUCGAAGCCAUUGACAGUUUUCUUUAUUUCAAUUUGUGCUUCUUUCUCCUACCACAUGACUGUAAGUCAAAGAUGUGGAAACCUGAAAUUAUAAUAUUGCUCCUCGCUACUGGCCUCCUGCCCCACUGAUGGUUCAUUGGCCCAGCUUAAUGCCUGGUGGUGAUGAGUAUUAUGUCCAGAAAAAGAGAUGUUUGGAUUCCAUGACAAAGCUGCGUUUUAUAAAUAUAUCGGAGACCCCCCCAAAAUGAACCUUCAUGCUGACCAUUUCCUUCUCCUCUCUGUGCUCUCCCUUGCAAAGCCCUUCAAGUAUCCCCUGUCCACCCAUUCUGCACCUCUUGUGCCCUCUUUACAUCUUUGAUUGCCUGACGAUAACAGGGUAAAAAAGACAGCCAACCUCGCGCAUGAUUAGUAGAACUGAUUCCUAUGUUUUAAAAAAAUCUUCUUUGAAUCUAGAAGCCAGAGAAGAUUUUUUUUUAAGGACUUCAGUUUGGGAUAAGCUUCCAGAUUAGCCAUGUCUAUUUGCAUCAAAGGGGAAAUAAAUGGGACUUGCAGGGCGGCUCACCCAGUGCAUUCAGGACGUCUGCCUGUAGCCCCAACUCCUGAACUCUAUGGCAAAGUCAAAAGACAUGAACUCAAAUGGCAAGAACAGCAGAACUUAGUGAUUAAUGUUACUGGUUCAUAAUGGUUUCCUGUAUGGAAGUCACUUCAUAAAAUAUAAAAUAGAGUGCAAAGUGAAAAAUUGCUUCUCUUUUGCAUGAGUUGGUUUUAGGAGAAGGAAGAAGGUUAGGAAAGGCGGAGAUGCAACAUAUGUAACUACAAAAACCAGGUUCAUUGUUCCUUUUUUUUUUUUUAAAUCUUAUGAGGUCCAGCAUUUCUGGCCACAGUUUUGCACCCAGAUCUUUGCCAAAGUGAAAAUUCAUUAAGUAGAACCUGGUUGACAUCUACCUGGGGACGCUUUCCCUGGCAUCUUCCUGAAGUGGCCACUGCCAAGUCGGGGGUGGAGGCAGGAGGAGAGAAUUUGCAUUCCAGCUCUGGGUUGUGUUUCGGUAAACAUGGUGAUAUCUCAGUUUGAAAACUGGAGGGGCUGUUCUGAGUGUACAUCAAUGCCUCUUUGAUGGUCUACUUUCCUCAGUGAGGAUCUUUGGGAAUACUUGAGAUGGAACAACGAAAAUGUGUCAAAGGAAGCAAAAACUCCUUGUAAAUGUGAGAUCCCAUGACUAACUGCCUGAGGCUUCAGGGUUUUCUCUUGCUUUUAACACUCGCUUAAAUCUCCUCUGUUGGUUCCUAAUGGAUCCCGGUAAAGGGAAAAAUAAAGCUGCAAUUGAACUUUCUUACGUGCACCCUUCCAAGGUAGUACUGUAUUCUUCAGGUCUUUUGCAUUUACGUGUAAGUGCUCGGGAAACAGGUAUCAAAAAUGGAGAGAGAAAUCCCAGGCCGUCACUUCACAAAUAUCCCAGACGAGAUACUCUUUUUCAAACAGGGCUCCCUCUCAGCAGUCACGAGGGGACGUUGAUGCGUUCUUUGUUGGGGACUGUUUAUACAAUUUUUUUUUUCAACUGUGAGCUUUGGAAUCGUAAACUGCUUUGACUCCAGCUUCUGUCUACUGCCAUAAAAAAGGACCCCACAUCAGAAUAAUGAGGGUGGUAUGUGUGCACGCAGCUAGACUCGUGUGCGCAUGUACCUAAUGUACCUUCGCAGAAGGAAAACAGUUAGGCUACUGACGUUUACGGGGAGUAGCCACCAGUGCCUAAUAUCUUUUGGGGGGAUGGAUGCUUAUAAUCGCCAGUAUAUUGAAAACACACUGGGAGUUCCACAUAGACGGGAGGGGCUGAGGGUGGGGAGAGGGGACAUUUUAACCCCAGGCCUUUGGGCUCCAGGCAGGAUGAUUUCUGCAGAUCUCGGUCCUGAAAGGCUUUGGGGCUCAUUGGCUGGUCCUCAAGCUUUUUAUUUUUGUUUUUCUCAGCAUGCAUUUCUGAUCUGAACCCAGACUUAGUUGAAUUUCUUUAUCUUUCACUUCUGCUUCAUUCCAGGGAGGAAAAAUACACCUGUUAUGGCCAAGAUCUCCUUGAUAACACAGAGGCAAAAAUAAAUGUUUAAUGUUUUGAAGCCUCCCCGUUCCUUUCCAUAAAUCUCCCCAAACUCCUUCUCUCUCACACCCUCUCCCUCCUCCCACCACAUGGCUUCCUAGCCACUACCGCUUUUCUUUCAAGUCUCUCGUAUCCUCUUAACAGUUGCUUGAAGAACUUUGAUUUUGCACUAUACAUUUUCUUUUUGCCAGAUGUGUCUAACAAGUGUGUUUGGAGAGACCUACUCCCAGCCCCACCCCUCCCCCACCUCCCUCGGUCACAUGCUCUCAGGCCUUCUCUGGUAUUUAUAAUAUAUCACAGAAGUACCCAGUCUUAUAGCCCUCGGUUAUGCCUUUUUUUGACAUUUUAUUUUUUUUAAGCUUUUUAUAUAUAUAUAUAUAAAUAUAUUACUUUGUCAAGUUUUUUUGCUGUACAAAAGUCUUAAGAUUUAAAACUAUUAUUUGUAUUAUAUGAUGGUGGUAUGUUAAUGUUACAAAAUUAUUAAUGAAGAAAAAAUUUAUUUUUGUUACUGGUCUGUUUCAUAAUUCUUUUUUAAAUUGGUAUAUUGUAAGAUAUCUAUGCAAAAAAUGUUAUGUGACGCAUUUUUAUUUAAGAAUGUAAUAUGUGUAAUAAACAGUAGAAUGUGUUUGGCCUUGGAA